UCAAAAUAUGUUUGAUUUUCUUGUUCCAUCCACAUCAUGUGCCGCGUGAACCAUCAUUUGUUACGAAUAUGUCGCAGAAUUCGGUUUGGUUAUUAUCCUUGUAUUACUUUACAACGAAAGAUGGGAUCUAUUGGUGACAAUUUUGGGAAAGAAUAUAAGGAAAAAUGCGUUUCUGCAUCAAUAGAACUGAUCCGCAAUAUCGGUAUUAUGGCCCAUAUCGACGCAGGCAAAACUACAACAACCGAGAGAAUGCUGUUGUAUGCUGGCGUAAUCAGAGCUCCUGGCGAAGUACAUAAAGGAGACACGGUGAUGGAUUAUAUGGAGCAAGAAAGAGAAAGAGGUAUUACAAUUGUUUCAGCCUCGAUCACAUUUCCAUGGAAUGGACACCAUAUAAACCUCAUAGAUACCCCUGGGCAUGUAGACUUCACUGUUGAAGUUGAAAAGGCUCUCAGAGCUUUAGAUGGUGCUGUUGCUAUUUUGGAUGCCUCUGCUGGUGUUGAAGCACAAACUCUAACUGUCUGGAGGCAAGCUGAUCGAUAUGAAGUACCAAGGAUUAUUUAUUUGAACAAAAUGGACAAAAUUGGGGCUAACUUUAAAACUUGCAUCCAAGACAUUGAGAAAAAACUCAAGUGUAAGCCACUUGAACUGCAUUUGCCAAUAGGUGCAGGAAAGGAAUUCAGAGGAGUCAUUGAUCUUGUCAGCCUUUCCAAAAAAGAAUGGAGUCUGAACCAUAAUUCCUUUGGGGCCUCUUAUUCAACAAAGAAAUUGGACAACAAAAGUGAUUUUGAUACCUGGGCUGAGGCUUCAAAAAAACGUGCCGAUCUCAUCGACAGGAUGGCCGAUCUCGAUGAAAAACUGGCGAAUUUGAUCAUUGAAAGAGAGAGUCUGGACCAUGUAAGCUCAGAGGAAAUGAAUGGAGCUUUACGAAGAAUUACACUUGCCAGAACAGGAGUUCCUGUACUUUGUGGUAGUUCCUACCGCAAUGUUGGUGUUCAACCGCUUUUAGACGCUAUCACAAAUUAUCUCCCAAGUCCUGCAGAUCGAAGCUAUGACUUUGUUCAAUCAUAUGCUGCAAACAACGAUCUUUGCUCACUAGCAUUCAAGAUUCAAAACGAUGUUCAGCGUGGACCCUUGACGUACGUUCGAAUCUAUAGUGGCCGAAUCGAAACCGGGCAAAAGAUAUAUAAUGUUUCCGAGAAAACGGAAAAAAGCGGACGCCUUUAUGUAGCCCACGCUGAUGAAUUGAACGAAAUCCAAUCCUUGUCAGAAGGCAAUAUUGCUGUUUUAUCCGGUCUUAAAGAUACAGUCACCGGUGAUACAAUCACAUCUGGAGUGACCGCCAUGAAUGCAGCCCGACGUUGGUUAGCGAAGAAGCAAGGUGUUACCGAAUCAGAAGUUGCCCCCAUUCUGGCCGGAGUUGAAAUACCCGAUCCAGUUUUUUUCUGUUCUAUCGAAACAGCAUCUCUUGCAUACCAAAAGAAAUUGGAACAAGCGCUAGAAAUGCUUCAACGGGAAGAUCCUAGUCUAAAAGUUAAAUAUGACGAAGAAACUAGCCAAACUAUUGUGUCAGGUAUGGGAGAGCUGCAUUUGGAAAUUGUAUUAGAAAGGAUACGCACAGAAUAUGGAAUUGACGCAAGUCUUGGAGAUUUGCAAGUAGCCUAUAAAGAGACAACCCAUAGCGAAAUUACUGAUACGUUCAUUUUGGAAAAAAUGUUAGCUGGAACGAAGCAGUUUGUUAAGAUGACUAUGUCAGUUAAACCAGACCCUUCAGCUCAUGGUGUGAUCACUCUUGAAAAAGGAAUAUCAAAAGAAUCACGCGAACAACUUUCUAAUGUCUGGGCUAUUCAUCUGAAAGCAGCGCAACGCGGGGUCACUAGCGCCCUUUCUUCUGGGCCGCUGUUAUCUUUCCCAGUCACUUGUGUUCAAUUGUGUCUUCAUUCGCUUGAAGUGGGACCUAGAACUUCGGAGUUAAUGGUUGCGGCAGCAGCAUCGCAGUGUGUGUCUCAAUUACUUCGAAAAGGGGGAACACGAUUAAUGGAACCAUUUAUGAGAUUGGAAGUAACUAUUGAAGACCGUUACCUACAUGCUGUUAUUGGUGAUUUUGCCCAGCAUCGUUCUGACAUAAUUGAAGUCAGCGAGCGUCAUGAAUUAAAGGUUGUUCUAGCUGAAAGCCCUUUGUCCGAGUUGCGAGGGUAUUCCAAAAGAAUUCGCAUUUUGACAUCUGGAACAGCUACAUUCAGUAUGGAAUUUUCUUGCUACAAACUCAUGUCGUUGCAAGAUCAAAAAAAAGCUUUAACAGAAGUUACGGGAAUCGAAAUGUAAUUUGUUCAACAGCGUACUUGUAAUAUGUAAGUAAACUUUCAAUUAUUA